CGGAUCGGGCUGUGACUCGUCAGCCGGCGGAGGCCGUGGGGAAGGAAGGGGCCGACCGGCCGAGUGGGCGGCGGAGUGAAGCCGGAGCCGGCGGCGCCUCCUCUCCCCACCACCCCUCGCUCGUUCGGCCGCCGCCGCCGCACCUUCUCUGGGCAGAGCAAGUAGAUUAUGGAGAAUGAUGAACUUUCGUCAGAGAAUGGGAUGGCUUGGUGUAGGAUUCUAUCUGCUCGCAAGUGCUGCAGCCUUUUAUUACGUAUUUGAAAUAAAUGAAACUUACAACCAACUGGCUUUGGAGCAUAUUCAACACAAAUCAGAGAACCUGGAUAGUGGAACCUCUUGGACCCAGAUAGUGACUGCACGCUUGUUUUCACUCCCAUUCUGGUUGUGGGGUAUUCUGUUUCUGAUUCCAUACCUGCAAAUCUUCUUAUUCCUGUAUUCAUGUACAAGAGCUAAUCCCAAGACAGUUGGCUACUGUAUAUUCCCAAUUUAUAUAGCAGUCAUAUGCAAUCGCCAUCAAGCUUUUGUCAAAGCCUCUAACCAAAUCAACAGAUUGAAAAUAAUUGAUACGUGAAUAGAAUAGACUAUUUGGGUUACAAAAAAUUAACCCCAAAUCAAGAUUCAAAGCAUGGAUGCUUAAUUUUAUGUAAUCUAUAAUGAAAUGUUCAGCUGUAUCUGUUUUUUUUAAUAAAUGGAAUUUUAUUUGUAACUGCACAAUCCUUCAUACAACUGGGUAAAUGCCGUGGUUAGAAUUCUGUUAAAUCUGUCAACAUCAGUCAUUUGGAGUCACUCCAUUAAUCCCAUUCCAUAUGGAAAUCUUUAUUUUCUAGGAAUUCUCAGCUUUUUCGGGCCACUUUGGUGGGAAAGGAUUUUGUACCUCAUCCUGAUGUACUUUAAAUAUAUCUUAAUUUAUAACACUUCCAUUUUAAUUUCUAACUGCCAUAAAUGUUUUCUAUUUCUGGAAAAAUAUCUAUUUGGAUAUAUGUAAUACACCCUAGGUUAUUAUUUGUCAAGCAUUUAUGGAUUGUGUUCAAGAUGUAUAUGAAGUUAUUUUUGUUUCCUGAGCAUAAUAUUUGACCAAGUUCAAAUUGCCACAGGUAUAGUUAUUUCAUGAAUUUUCAAUAUGGCCUUGCAAAUAGUAGACCAGUUAUUAACCUCAUUUCCUGGUUUUAGAUUUUUAUUUUGAAAAGAGUACCAUAACCUGUAUUCACAAUUGUCACCUUACCAUAGGGCAGCAAGUCCAUACUGCAUGUUCAGAAUUCAUAUUAAGUUAAUAAAUGGUUGAGCAUAAUUACUAAAGGCAUUUUGGAUAAGCUAAGUGAAGGUGAUUGUGUUCAAAGUGAAUGUGAAGAUUUUUUAGAAAGUAUUUGGAAGGAAUCAGAUUUUCCAUAAAGUUUCUUAAAGAUUCUGAGCAUGACAUUUGACCAAGCUCAAAUUUCCAUAGGCCUAAGUUAUUUAAAUGAAUCAGCGUGGCUCUGGGUUGAAUAUUUCCAGUAAUUCAGGGAAAGUUUUAUUGUUUUUAAAAAUAAAAAUUAUCAUUUCUAGGUUGUGCAUUCACACUGGAAUGUAGUUUAAAGAAGCAGUAAUCACAUUGAUAUAUUGAAAUGAUGAACAAAUUUGGACUUUAAAGUAUUUUCAUAAGCCCAAUACAAACAGUGAAAGUUGGCACAUAAGUGACUUGGCAACAGUGCUACCAAGUGCAAUGAAAGUGAAGCCUACCACUAAGAGCAUACAAAAAGACAGUACACCUCCGUAAUACUUUUAUACAAAUUAUAAUGUAAAUAAUUUAUUUUUUUAAUGAAGGCACUUUAAUCUUCAAACUAUAAUGAGAGAGUUCUUACAUUAGCAUGACAAUAUUAUGUCAAUAUUACUUUAUUCCUGGAAAUGUCAAUUAUCUUUUAAGAUAAAGUUAAUCCCUAGCACUUCAUCUUGCUUAUGAUGCACCUUGAUUAUUGAAUGGGGUGAAGAUAUCUGCCACAAAUUUUACACUGUGAUUGUAUAAAGUGAAUGAUUAGUGUCAAGUUGACUUUCAGAACAUGCUGUAUAUCAGUAUAACAGUAGGAUUUGUGUGAGUAAUCGAGGGGAAUGCUUACUAGUUCCUCCUGGUACCUAGGGAGGGAAGUUGAGAACUAAAUUUUGUUGUAGUAUUUGUUACAUGAGGCCAAAUGCUGUAGUAAUCAGUCUGCAGUGAAAACAAUUGAUGAUAUUGGAAGCAUCUUAAUGUUUCUGUAAUGUUAUUAAGUGUUGUAUAAAUACAAUUUUUUGGUAGAAAAUUUACAUGAGGGAAAUCUGAUACUGAACUUUCUACAAAUAAAUGUGUGAGAUUUGUUUUUUUUGAGAUGAUUCUUGUGUUCCUCUCUCCAGCCCCUCCUAGUGUCUAAAUUCAUUCAUUCAUCCUUUCAGUAAAUGCUGGAUCUUGCAGGGGACAUUGUUGGUUUACCUGUGUGGCCAGUUGGUAUGUGUGAUAUUAGUGGUAUGCCAUAAACUGAUAUUGUAAUGGUGCCAAUAAGAUAACUGCGAUAGUUUGUCAUUUUAAAAGAAAAAGAGUAAAGCUAUUUAGGCUUUCAAGAGCUGUGACAGAGUUUAAAGUCUAGCCAUUGUGCAUAAUGCAUAUGCCUUUUAACUGUAUAAAAACUUGUAUAAGAGAAAUGGUGCUGGAUUUGCAACUGCAUCUAAAUUUCUAAGCUAUCUGCUAAUAAAGCCUUGUGCUGUA